ACGUGAACAUAAAGUGAAACGAAAUCAAGCCUCAGGAAGCGAAAGAACUUAAGCCUUUUCGUGGAAUUAGAGUUUAUGCAUACGAAUCGAAACGAGUCAGGCACAACAAGUGAAACCUCUCCGAGUCCAACCACGUUCUCGCGACGUAUUGUGUUUGUGAAAAUCCCAGUCGCUUGAUGAAGUAUGUCGGCGAAAGUGUGUUCAGGAGGGUGCCUUCGCCUGUCCUCGAUACCCAACCCCGUCAAGCGGUUCCGCGUUUAUGCUUUAGGGAUGUAACAGCAUGAAGGCAAAGAAGAUAAUGGUAUUUGAACUGUCGUGUUCUAUCUGAAAAAAACAAACAAACAAACAAACAACGAUUUAAUUUAAACAUAAGACACGCAAUAUUCAUAGUGAAUAUCUAUAGAAAAAAAAGAAUUAAAUGAUACAAACGAAAAAGGUAAACUAAGAAAAGAAAGAAAGAAAGAAAGAAAGAGAAAGAAAGAAAAAAAGAAAUAUAUAUAUAAAGAGAAAAAUGAAAAUGUGAAUAAGUGAAUAAAAGUGAACAAAAUAAAAAAUAACACCCCAGCAGAAAUGACUCAUUGACGUAAUACGAUAACACUCGUCAAAAACUCCCCCCCCCCUCACCCACACCCCCACCAAAGAUGUACGCCAAAGCAAGAGGGUUGACUACAGGAAGGGCACCAGGGGAAGACGGCAGACAUUCGACGAGAGAAGGAGGCAACUUCCACGUCCUGAAAAGCAGGAUAGCGAACGUCCUACACCGAGUUAGGACUGCAGGUUGGGGCGUGUGGGUCGUGGGUCUGUUGUUAUACGUAUCGCUGGCGCUCCUACUUCAACCUGACGCCGAGGAACUGUUCGAGGAGGAGCAGAUGGAUCUGAACGAGUGGGUCGCUGAGAACGAAGCAAUGAUGCGGGAGGAACACAAACAAAGAAGCCAAACCGCCCACGAAGUAUGUGAAAAGUACGAUGUCUACAUGGGCCAGGACGACUACAUUAAGAAGUCAACACAGCAAGGCGAACAGAUACAGUACUCGGACUGGUUUACGCUCAAACGCGUCAACUGGCAUUUCAUGUAUUAUUCCCCCACCGAAGACUUCGUUUAUUGCAAGGUCCCUAAAGGUGGUUCCUCAACCUGGGGCUACAACUUGCUCAAGCUUGCAAACGUGCCGGACGAACAGAUUGAUAUCCGGUUGCAUCAACGCCUGAGAGAUUAUUAUCCAAAGCUAUCAAGCAGUAGAAUGAAAAAGACAUUAAAAAAGAGUUUCAAGUUUAUGGUGACCCGACAUCCCUUUGAACGCAUCCUCUCCGCCUACAGGGACAAACUGGAGAACUACGAGCGUGACCUUAUGUUCAGGAACGGCUAUUACAACACCAUGUACGGCAAAUAUAUUGUCAAAGUCUACCGUGACGACUCAGACGUGACACUCAGCAACCGCACUGAACCGACGUGGCAGGAGUUCGUGAAAUACCUCAUUAACACUCCAACUUCGAAGUUCGACGAGCACUGGAGGCCGAUCUACGCCAUCUGUUCGCCGUGCGUGAUCAAGUACAACGUCAUAGCCAAAAUGGAGACGUUCAGUGAGGACACGCAGUUCAUCAUCAACCAGCUCGGCUUGGAGGAUCGCCUGCAUGUUGAAUGGAUUCACAGAACGAGCGACACAAGAACAUCCGAUAUUGCAACGGCUUAUUUCUCGCAACUCACCUUGGCGCAGAUCGAUCAGCUGUUCGAGAAGUACCGACUAGAUUUCGAACUAUUCGGAUACGACUACGAGGCCUACCGACAGAUGGCUCUGGACAAUACCCGAGCCUAAAUGACGCUUGGAAAGCUUUAUAUUAAUUUGUUUAUAUAUUCUCGUAACGUGUAAGGUCACCGUAUUUCAUUAUAUCUAGAUAGAUUAUCUCUAGAUAGAUUAUGGUCAAAACAACAAUAGACAUUUGCCUGUUAAUAACUCUCACUCACACGUAGCCAUCUUCAACACACAAAGCAAAAACAUCGAUUACUUUUUUUACUCUUCCUCUUCACUCUCACCAUAUGAAGGUUUCUCUCCUUGCCGACUAACCAUGAGUGAUCUUACAAUACUACUGUUACAUACUUUCUCUCAAGUGCCAUGUAAUACAGGGUAUUUGUUCGCCACCGUUUACAGAUCUCAAUUACGGAGUCUGCAUGCACCGUUGGCAAUCUGUUCUUCAUUCAUAUUAUUAAGUAUCUGUCUACUUUCACUAGGGUAUUUACCCGUCUCUAACACUUUCCUAUGGCUUCUUGCAUCACAAGGCAUUUAUCUACAUGCAUUGCAUAUUCUUUUUAUGGACAUAAUGAAAGGCUACACGCAUCACGAUUCACUAUUUACUAUUUGUGUCACUGUAAAUACUCUUUAUGGUUUGCUGUUAAACAUUUCCCUCCUUGCUCCACAUGGUGACAAUCCAAUAUUUACUUUAUCCCAAGAUAAUAUAUACAUUAUAUAUACACAUGAAACUAUAUAUCUAUAUCUAUCUAUCUAUAUAUAUAUAUAUAUGUGUACAUACACACACACACACACACACACACACACACACACACACACACACA